AUGGAACGGUCCCGGUUUCCGCUCAGCCCCGGGUUGGCGAAAAGCGACAGAGUGUCAGCAUCGGCCCAUCAAUAAUAAGAUAAAGCAGGCUACUAGCCCUACUAGAUGUUGGACGCUUCCAGAAACCUCCUCCUCCUCCGGGCCUUCCAGAAAGCCCCGCGCCCACGUCAUCGCGGGGAAUAGAAUAAGGGAAGGGAAGGCGAGGAUGGUUCCAAUCCUUCCAGAACCGUCUGGAACGUUCGCCCCGCCGUGUUCGGGGGGUACGUGUGGGGGCGGGGGCUUUAUAAAUAAGCUGGCUCUGGUCCUGACGGGCGCCGAGCUUGAGCGCCCCAAAUCAAAGUACGGCGAGGGAAAAAAAGGAUAGGAAUGUACUGUACUUCCUCCCGUACUUCUUCCCCCCUGCAAUUCGAUUCGAUUUCUUCUCCUUCUUGGUCUGGUUUUGGGAGGCCUGUGCUGUGCUGUCUCCUCUUUCCAUCUGUCUUUUACAUUUGGCCACUUCACUCCCCCUUUUUCUCUAUUGCUGCUGCAGUGCUGCUGCUGCUGCUUCUUACUGGCGUGGAUAAUGGGAGCUCUGCGAUUUGGGAGCUGGAAUCGCCGAUUUUCUCGUUUUGCUCCAUGAAGUCUUCCGCUGAUUGGUGGUGAUCCCCUAAAUUGGUCCAGCACUAGCUUCAGAUUUUUGGACACAUUUUUUGCUCCCGUUUUACACCGUUUCUUCAGAAGUAAUUUCCCCUUCACUUUACAGCAAUCUUGGGUAGGUUUCUGAUUUUGAUUUCUCGCAAGUCUUCGAUAUUUGCUUCAGAAAGGUCAUUUACGGGUUUAAUCUGUUUAUUGAAGGGCGACAUUUUUUAAGAAAACAUCGCCCUAUUUAGCCGGUUCUUGGUUGCUGGUUCGAUCAGCGGUACUCUGGAAUCCAUUGACUUGGUUGUUUCGCUUAACCAUGUAUCCGUUCAGCGGCAUUGUGAAAGAGGAGGAAUUCGACUUCGCGGGAGCUUACUACGCAGCGGAAGAUGGCGGCUCGCCGUCUUCCUGGGCCGCCGGCGCCGGCGCAUCGGAGCUUCCCCGGCCGAUGGACGGGCUCGGCGAGGCCGGGCCGACGCCGUUCCUGACCAAGACGUACGACGUGGUGUCCGACCACAGCACGGACACCGUCGUGUCGUGGAGCGUCGCCGGCAACAGCUUCGUGGUGUGGGACGCCCACGCCUUCUCCAGGGUGCUCCUCCCGCGCUACUUCAAGCACGGCAACUUCUCCAGCUUCGUCCGCCAGCUCAACACCUAUGGGUUCAGGAAGGUUGAUCCGGACAGGUGGGAGUUCGCGGCAGAGGGGUUCCUGCGGGGCCAGAAGGAGCUCCUGAAGACGAUCAGGCGGCGGCGGCCAUUGUCGUCUUCGUCGUCGGCACAACAGCAGCAGCAGCAGGGGGCGGCGGCGGGGUGUCUGGAGGUGGGGCAGUUCGGGCACGAAGGCGAGGUGCACCGGCUGAAGCGGGACAAGGGCGUCCUGAUCUCCGAGGUGGUGAAGCUGCGGCAGGAGCAGCAGGCGACCCGCGCGCAGAUGCAGGCCAUGGAGGCCCGCAUCGUCGCCACGGAGCAGAAGCAGCAGCAGAUGACGGUCUUCCUGGCGCGCGCCAUGAAGAGCCCCGGCUUCCUCCAGAUGCUCAUUGACCGCCAACAGGGCCAAGGCCCACAGGGCCACCUGGGCCCGGGCCAGGCCCAGCUGCGGAGGGAGCUCGAGGACGCGCUCUCCAAGAAGCGCCGCCGGCCCAUCGAUUACCUCCUCCCCCGCAACGGCGAUACCAGCGCCGCAAGUUACAGCGCCGCGGCGGCGGCCGCUGCAGCACGUGAUUACGUUCCCGGACUUGCCGACGGCCAUGCGAGGGCGGAGGACGGCCGAAGCGGCGGCGGGGAGGACACCGAGAGCUUCUGGAUGGAGCUGCUGAGCCUCGGCCUGGAGGAGAAGCAGGGAGGAGGAGCAGGGGGCGGCAGCGGCAGCGGGGAAGGGGGCGGCGCCGAGACGGACAACGAGGUGGACGACGAGGUGGACGUGCUCGUGCAGAGCCUGUACCACCUCAGCCCCGGCGGAGCCCACAACGCAGAGUGAGCGAAGAUUCCAGAAGAAGGCCCUAGAAUGUUCCGUUCGGCUUCGAAGAAGGACCUGUAGGGUAGGAGGACGCCGCGACGGGCGGGGGUAGCAGUGGUUCGUGGGUGCUCCGUCUCCUUUUGUUCAUUUUUUAGUACCGGUUUGCCUGACAUCUUGUCGGCAGGCGCAAGUGGCCAAAAACAGAAAGGGCACUUGCUUGUCUGGGCGGGAAUGGUGGAAUAAUGCCAGAGAGGCUUUCUAGAUUUAGUACUCCAAGUGGAUAUAUAUUAGAUCCUGAGUAGCCUUUGUUGAAGAUCCUUUUCUUUCACGCUGGAAGUCCAGCGGAGCAGCCAAAUCUAGCAGGUACUGAUAUUUUCUCUGGCUGUUGGCUGUGAAGAAGUCGAUGGCUAGAGACCGUUUAUGGAAAAGGACCGACUAAGCAACCUUUUGAAUGAA